CAAUACGUUUUUUGUUCUUAUAAGAACUAUUUUCCUAAUAAUUCUCCAGGGCCAAUAGUAAGCGUGUCUAAAACUUGUCUGGAGAGGGUCAAGUUAGCUCUUCAGGCCCUUCUCCAUAAACAAAUAAACAAAAACAAAAGAAUAGAGAGCCAAAUUGGCAAUUGAUUGUUCAUUGAUUGCCAAAAAUGGCUGGUGGAGAAACUAGGAAAAAAUAUGCCAUACUUGGUGUCUCAACCCUCAUCCUGGUGGCGAUGGUUGUCGCCAUCACCGUCGGCACCCGAAACGCAAGCACAGACAAUUACAAUCGCCAACAAGAACUGACCGAAUCCCAGAAAGCUGUCCAGGCCAUUUGUUCUCCGACCGAUUACAAAGACACUUGCAUCAACAGCCUGAAAAGCGUCGAUUCCGCGGAUCCCAAGGAGCUCAUGAUCGCCGCGUUCAAGGCGACGGCGAAUCACCUCAAACAGGCGGCCGCGAAUUCGACCCUCCUCCAGGCGCUGGAGAAAGAUCCCCGGACGAAAAUCGCCCUGGACAACUGCCGCGAGCUGGCUGAGCACGCCGUGGAGGACCUCGAGAAAUCUUUCAACAGGUUCGACAGUUUCGAUAUCAACAACCUUGAUGACAUGCUGGAUGACAUCCAAACCUGGCUCAGUGGCGCAAUCACGUACCAGGAAACCUGUUUAGACGGUUUCGAAGACGUUCCCGGAGAAGCAGGGGAGAAAAUGAGGAAAGCUCUGAACACCAGCAUGGAAUUGUCGAGCAAUGGCCUUGCUAUGAUAAAUGAUAUCUCCUCAAUAGUAUCUACUUUGGACUUGCCGUCGAUCACGAGCCGGCGCCUUCUUUCCGACGAGUUCUUAGGCCUUGGUGCUGAGUUUCCUUCCUGGUUUGACUGGCAAAGGCGCAAACUCAUCCAGGGAAGUGCCAGCACCAUCAAACCUGAUCUCGUUGUUGCCAAGGAUGGAAGUGGAAAAUAUCGUACUAUCAACGAGGCUCUUAAGGAUAUCCCCAAAAAGAGCAACAAAACUUUUGUGCUGUACAUCAAAGAAGGUAUCUAUGAGGAGAAAGUAACAUUUGAGAAGAGCCACAUGCAUUUGAUGGUCAUUGGUGAUGGUCCAACCAAGACAAGGAUUACUGGAAAAUUAAAUUUUGUUGAUGGAACUCCAACUUAUCACUCAGCUACUGUUGCUGUGCUUGGAGACUUCUUCAUUGCAAAGGAUAUCGGGUUUGAGAAUUCCGCUGGUGCGAAUAAGCAUCAAGCGGUGGCUCUCAGAGUUGGAGCUGACAAAGUAAUUUUCCACAAUUGUCAUAUGGAUGGAUACCAAGACACCCUUUACGCGCACACCUACCGCCAAUUCUACCGGGACUGCCAGAUCUCGGGAACCAUCGAUUUCAUCUUUGGCGACAGCGCCGCCGUGUUCCAGAACUGCACGAUGGUGGUCAGGAAGCCUUUAGACAAUCAACAAUGCAUCGUCACGGCGCAAGGCAGGAAAGACGUUCACCAGCCGACGGGAUUUACCCUGCAGAACUGCACCGUUGUGGCUGAUCCUGAAUACUUCCCUUACAGAUUCCAGCUGAAAUCAUACCUUGGACGUCCCUGGAAAGAAUUCUCAAGAACCAUCAUCGUCGAAUCCUACAUCGAUGAUUUGAUUCAUCCUGAUGGAUGGUUGCCCUGGAGCGGAACUUUCGCUCUUGAUACUCUGUUCUACGCUGAAUUCAACAACAGAGGACCUGCAUCAAACAAGAACCUCCGUGUUCAAUGGCAAGGUGUGAAGGAACUUCCGGUAACCCGUGUCGAGCGUUUUCUCGCCGCGAAGUUUAUCGAGGGAGAUUCGUGGAUUCCGGCAACAGGGGUUCCUUAUAGCCCUGGAUUCAUCUUCCCACCACCAAAGGAAGAUCCAAAGAUCAAAUACUCUGUGGUCGCACCGGAAGAAAUUAAGGAUUUGGGAAGUCCCAAGGAAAAGGCAUCAUAUAAACUCACUCCCAUUGCUGAUUCUACUAACGGAACAAAGUCUAAUUCCACCAAUAUCGCCGGCCCUGAAUCCCCUGAUACUAAUUCUACCGUUUCUCUGUUAACACCCCCGACCGGAGCCACUCUAGAUCCUGUAUCGAAUUCCGGCUCGAUGUCUAUCGCCGGCAACAUUUCCGGCAAUGAAUCUCCUGACUCCGUCCCUGUUAUAACGCCCCCGGCAGGAGCACAAUCGCCGCGGACAUCCUUGGGAUUAGGACCCACCCCGAACACACCACCGAAAUCGACUUCAUCUUCGAUGUUUUCAUGGUUCUCCGGAAAACUUUGGUGAUGGGCAAAAAUAGUUCUUCGUCUUUAAUUGUCAUAUCAUUUUCUUUUAAAUAUAGUCCCAUGUACCAUUUGAUGCAAGGAAAAAGUUUGCGGGUGAAGUGGGAUUCUUGACACAUUGCUGAUACAAUUUGAAGGAAUGGAUCAAAAGUGUGAAUAUCUUGAAUUUGAAGACACUUUUAAUUAGCUUCUGCAUCUGAUUUUUUUUCUUCCCCCUCAGCUUUAAUGAUUGUUAUAUAUUGUGUAUAGUAGUUCAACCUAGAAUAGUAGGAUUGUUUCUAUUGCUCUCAAAAAUUUUAACCUGAUUAGAAAUUAAAGCUUCUAUACUACAGUGUAUCUUAGUCACUUAGAUGUCAAAAUGAAAUUUUCGUAUUCGCAAUGUUUCACCUGAUGUAGUACAUGAAUAACUCUUUUCAUUUACCGGAAUCGAUAACUGAAUGCAGAAAAUAAAAGCAUAUAAUUAGGA